GAGCUCACCGGCAAGCUGGGCCGCUGCGAGAGCGGCCUGCCGCGCGGCCUCCAGGACGCCGGGCCCCGCCGCGACGCCAUGGCCGACGGGCCCUGGGACUCGCCCGCGCUCAUCCUGGAGCUGGAGGACGCCGUGCGCGCCCUCCGGGACCGCAUCGACCGCAUCGAGCAGGAGCUCCCAGCCCGUGUGAACUUCUCAGCUUCCCCAGCCCCUGCCCCCGCUGUGCCCACCACCCUGCACUCCAAGAUGGAUGAGCUGGAGGGGCAGCUGCUGGCCAAGGUGCUGGCACUGGAGAAGGAGCGUGUGGCCCUCAGUCACAGCAGCCACCAGCAACGGCAGGAGGUGCAGAAGGAGCUGGGCGCUCUGCAGGACCGCGUGGCUGAGCUGGAGCAUGGUGCGUCCUGGGCCCCACACAGGGCACAGAUUGUGCUACUGGAGGCAGGCCAUGACCCCAUGGAGCUGCUGAUCAACGACAAGGUAGCCCAGCUGCCCCUGAGCCUGAAGGACAGUGGCUGGCACCACAUCUGUAUCUCCUGGACCACGAGGGAUGGCCUGUGGUCUGCCUACCAGGAUGGGGAGCUGCGGGGCUCCGGUGAGAACCUGGCUGCCUGGCACCCCAUCAAGCCUCAUGGGAUCCUUAUCCUGGGCCAGGAACAGGAUACCCUGGGUGGCCGAUUUGAUGCCACUCAGGCCUUCGUCGGUGAGAUUGCCCAGUUUAACCUAUGGGACCACGCCCUGACACCCGCGCAGGUCCUGGGCAUUGCCAACUGCACCGGGCCACUGCAGGGCAACGUGCUUCCCUGGGAAGACAAGCUGGUGGAAGCCUUUGGGGGUGCAACAAAGGCCUCCUUUGAUGUCUGCAAGGGGAGGGCCAAGGCAUGAGGGGCCACCUCGUCCAGAGCCCCUCCCUUGCCUGCCACUUCGGGGGUCUUGAUGGGGGCACAUCCCCUCCUCAGCCUGCCCACACACUGGCCUUCCUUCCUGCCCCACUCCUGCUUAUGCCUUCCGUUUCCCCUCACCAAUACCCACAUCUCCAGAAUGCGCUGCUAUGGGUGUCCCCUAACCCCACCUGAAUGGGGACAAGCAUCUCAAGUCAACAGGUUGAGCCUAGGGUGAGUCCAGGCUCUGCCGCCCUCCUGGCAUUACACUGGAGUCAUCUCUCACACCACCCCACCCUGUUCCACUAUCUUGAAAGUAUCUCCCUUGGAGUUGUAUACGGCGGAGGUCCCACUAUCUCAGUGGUGGAGGUGGCCGUGACCCUCCACCAUUCCCAAUGCUGCAGGCUUGGCCCCUUCCCCUUCAGGGCCACGACAGGCGGUAGAAGGGGAUGAGGGAGGUGUGGGAGAUCAGGCUCUCUCCUCCAUCUCUCUGCCAGCUGCCAGUCAAAGGCAGUUGGCUCUUGCUGGAGCCGCCCCGCCAUCCGCAUCCUCCUCCUUCCUCCUUCCUCGUUUGUGUGCCAUGGUUCGAAUGCUGGUUCCAUGCCUGGCCCAGCCUCACCUCAGUUUCCAGGACUUUCCCUUCCCAGCUCCAGCCUGGAGGACUAAGGACCAAGACCCCAGGAGGCCAAAGGGCUGUAGUCAUCCCUUGUGCCCACUCACAGCUGGGCCCACUGGCAGGGUCACUCCUCCUCCUCCCUGCCUAGGACACGGCCUGGGCAGCUUCAGCCUGGGCUGGGAACAGCCUAAGGCAGAGGCACCGUGACCCUGGAGACCCUGCCUCUGGCAGAGCCACAUUACCUAACCCCUCUGCAUGGCCCUGGGGAAGGAAGGAAGAAGCUAAGAGGGCGAGGAAAGGCAUGGAGUGGGCGGCAGAGCACUGGGCUGAGAGGGCGGAGCCCUUGCUUGCUAGCCAGCCCUGUUGCUGAUCUGCUCUGUGGCCUUCCAUGAGUCCCCAGCCUCUCUGGGCCUGGCCUUCCUCAUUUGUGAGCUGAGGCCCUUGCUUUGGUCAUUUCCAGGAGCUCUCCAGAUCGAAUGUGAAAUGGUCUGUGAUUUCAGGUGGAUCGGGUGGAGAAGCCCUGAGGACCCACCUGUUGACCAGGGGCUUAGCAGGGGCAGGUCCUGGGACUGGGCAGCAGAGGGGAUCAGGCUGGGCAUGGGUUAAGAUUAGCAGCUGGCUCCAGAGAGUCAGGGUCAAGAGCAAGGUUCAAGGCAGACCAACCUCACACAUGGAUUGUAAAAACCAGCUCCCUGUAGAUCCCCCCAGCCUGGCAUACUUACCUAUCAGAGUGUCUCAAAGGGCUUCCCAGAGAGUGUCUUGAAGGGUGGCUUCCUGGUCCCCACCCUUGAGUCCUCUCCAGCUCCCCCAAGAGAGCAGAAGAAUGUCAGAGCUGAGAAAAGCCAUUCAAGCUGACCUCUUGCUUGUGAGAGUUGGGGAAGAGCUCAGAGAGGGCGAGUGACUUGCACAGGCUCACACAGUACAAUGGAGCAGAGCCAGGACGAAACCCCAGGGCUUCUGACUCCCUUUUCAGUGCUCUUUCCCCCACACCAUACUGCCUGCCCUGGAGGGUCUUUGAGUCCAGCCUGCACCUAAGAAGGUAGACAUUUGAGAGGUCAGGAUGCUUUCCAACCUGACACCUGAGACAUCUUCCUUUAUGCAACACCCGAACAUCUCAGAAACCCAUAGGAGGGGUAUGAUUCCUGGGCACUCUGGUAGAAAGGAGAGCUGAGGAUGCAGGUGUCCCUCCCCUGCCAAUCACCCAGCAGGUGUCUGAGCAGCUGCAGGCUACCUGACUCAAGUGGGCAUUGGUGCCUCUUGCCCCCCUUUUGGUUCCCUGUCUCCCAUCCCCAUGGCCACUUAGCCUGAGACAUGACUCAGGGCUAUAGGCUGUGGGGCCCUGUGCCAUGGAAGCUUCUCCAAGACUUGUUGCCUCCGGCCCCCAGAUCCUUUUAUCCAUUUCCAGAGCACAAAGAGAUUGCUCAGCACCACAGUCUAACCCCCCUGCAAGAAAGAGUGAUGUGGGCUUCAGGCAGACCUGCUGAGAUCGAGGUUGCCCGGGUAACAGCCAAUGACAUCAGCCCAAGUGCUGGGUCAAGUGUCUCAUCAUAAUGACUUCUGCUGUUGCUGGGGUGACGGCAGAAUUUGGAACUUAGAUUUCGGGACACUGAGCCUUAUUGUGUUUCUGUUAUUGUUGGAAGGAGGUAGCUUUUGUGGAGACCUUAGGAGAAGAUUAUGGUCUUAGGAGGGAGGUGACAGAACUCGCUUGGUCAUUUGAGCCCACCCAGAUGCCUCUUCCUGAGUCCUUUAUGCUUUGUCAUGGCGAUGAGGAGACAUCUGACUCUGAGCCUUGUUCCCAUGCUGUCACCCCGUUCGGCCCUCCAAAGGGAACAGGAACAAAUUGGAGAUGUUGGGGUGCGGGCUCUGAGUCGGGGUCGCUGAUGAGGGGCCUGGCUCCCUGUUUCCAAAGCCCCCACCCGUCCCUCAUCUAUUUCUCAUUCUAUGUACGUUUACUGAGCGCCUGCUGUUUGGAUUCAAGCUUUGAUAUCUUCUUCUACUCCCGGACACGUCCAGGAAGACAGGGAAAGAGGAGCUGGAAAUAGUGCCCCGGCUGAUAGUGAUGAUGGGACCCAGAUCGUGUUUAUCCUCGCAACACAGUUAUGAGUUAGGACUAUGCUUCAGGAAACGGGGGCACAGACGUGACGUAAGCUGCCCAGUGUCAAUCAGCCAGCAAGAGAUGGAGCCCAAAUUUCAAACCAAAGCAGGUCACAUCCAGAGCCCACCCCUCAGCCCAAGGGGAUGAGCACCCCCAACUCUGUAGAGUGGGAUUUGGGCACCAUCGCUCCUGGUGUGCCUUGGCCUGAAGGGAUGUGCCUGACCCUGUUCACCACCCCACAGGGCUUGAGGUGGAGGAACGGAGGCACGGGGAUGGGUGGCCCCAGGGCCAGGGUCCCCUUGAUGAGGCUGUGGGAGGGUCUUCCAGGAGAGCUGAAAGGGAACAGGGAGCUGAAUGCCUCCCAAGAGCCCCAGGCAGGGGCAGGGAGGGAAACCGCUGUCCCUCACACUCCUGCUUUGGGCCACACCCUGCACCAGGUGCUUCACAGCUGCUAUCUGCCAGAUUUUCCCACCUUUGUGGCAUGUGGUGCCCCCCACCAACAUCACAAGGGGACUUGUCCCCUUGCCACAAUUGUGCAUGACCUAGGAUCACAGAUUUGGGCAAGAAGGGUUCUUAAAGGAGGCCGAAGCCCUCCUUGAACAGAUGAGGACACUGAGGACUGGGAGGGUGAGGGAGUCCCAAAGCCACCCAGCUGAGACAUGGAGAUAAGUGAGCCCAGCUUUCUGGCUGUGUUCAGUUCUCUCCAUGACACAGUGGCCCCUCCCCCAGAAUUAGGUCCCUCCUGGUCUAUGUGGCCCAGCACCCUUGACCUGAGCAAACUGGGGAAGGGACCCUUCUCCUAGAGAUGGGAUCACUGUCCACCCUUUAUUCCAGCUGCCUGCCACCCAGACCCCACCUCCCACCCUGACCCCUGACCCUGCUGGAUGGGGAAGGGGCUCACGCGGCCCAGGCUGAGCAGUGAGUGAGCAUGUCAAGUUGUCCAACACUGUGAAAUGAGUGCACCCCACUGACCACCUGCCCCAGCCGCCCCGCCCCCUUCCUUCUACUCACCCUAUUUUGUACAUAAAGUGACAUGAGAUGCAAUGUGUGUGUGUGUGUGUGUGUGUGUGUGUGUGUGGUCCAUGUCAUGGUUUUUGUUACCUUUUUGUUUUUGUAAAUUUGAAUGUUCAAAAUAAACAUGCUGUUUAUUCUGA